CAAAGUUGCGUAAUAUAAGAAGCGCGCAAAGCAGAUUUUGUGUGUGUAACGGCGUUUUUAUUGUCCGAGGAGAGACAAAUAGAAAGAGAGAACAAAACCAAAAAACAGCUGCUUUUAGUGAGAGAAAACAGACAUAAAGUGAGGACAGAGCUAGAGUUUGUGGGGUGUUUUUUCAAGCUAUUAAGAAGAAGAAGAAGGUGGUUUUGUGACGGUUUGAAAGUUUUUUUUUGCUUUACAGGUUCUUGGAUCUCUCAAGUGUGAAAUAAGUGGAAGCUGGGGACAUUUCGCUGGUUUUUUAACGGAUCUUUUAAGGGAAGUAAUUGUUGCAAUUACCGAGGGAUUUAAUUGUUGUGAUUAAGUGUAGAUAAUGAGAGUUAAUUAAGGUUUGUAAAGGAAGUUAUUUUGAGGGUUUGAAUUUAUUUUUUGGAGGGUUUUUUUCUGUUGACUUUGGCUGCUGCUUGGUGGGUUUUAAAAAAUGAUGGCUAUGAAUAGAGGAGGAGGAGGAGGAGGGUCGUUUUCACAGGCGAAUAGCGAAGGUUGUGGAGAGGAUGAUCUGUAUACGGAAUUAUGGAAGGCAUGUGCAGGUCCACUUGUGGAUGUUCCCAAGCGUGGAGAAAGAGUGUUCUAUUUUCCUCAGGGUCAUAUGGAACAGUUAGAGGCAUCGACAAAUCAAGAAUUGAACCAGAGGGUUCCUUUGUUUAAUCUGCCUUCGAAGAUUCUCUGUCGUGUUAUUAAUACUCAGCUGUUGGCGGAACAAGAAACAGAUGAUGUUUAUGCGCAGAUUACUUUACUGCCUGAAUCUGAUCAAAUUGAAACUACAAGUCCUGAUCCAUGUCCAUCUGAGCCUCCAAGACCUACAGUUCACUCUUUCUGCAAGGUUUUAACUGCCUCUGAUACGAGCACCCAUGGUGGAUUUUCUGUUCUUCGUAAACAUGCCUCUGAAUGCCUUCCUCCACUGGAUAUGAUCCAGCAAACCCCAACUCAGGAACUGGUUGCCAAGGAUCUACAUGGUUAUGAAUGGCGAUUUAAGCAUAUUUUCAGAGGUCAACCAAGGAGGCACUUACUCACCACAGGUUGGAGUACAUUUGUCACUUCCAAGAGAUUAGUUGCUGGGGAUUCGUUUGUCUUCCUCAGAGGAGAGAAUGGUGAAUUGCGUGUUGGAGUGAGGCGUGUUGCUCGCCAACAGAGCAGCAUGCCGUCAUCUGUGAUUUCCAGUCAGAGCAUGCACCUUGGAGUUCUUGCAACAGCAUCCCAUGCCAUUUCAACCUUAACUCUCUUUGUGGUUUAUUAUAAGCCAAGGACAAGCCAGUUCAUCAUUAGCUUGAACAAAUAUUUAGAGGCUGUUAACAAUAAGUUUGCAGUUGGCAUGAGAUUCAAGAUGAGGUUUGAAGGCGAGGAUUCUCCUGAGAGAAGGUUUUCGGGCACAAUUGUUGGGGUUGAAGAUUUUUCUCCUUAUUGGAAUGAUUCUAAAUGGCGGUCAUUGAAAGUUCAAUGGGAUGAACCUGCUUCUAUUUCAAGACCUGAUAGGGUUUCACCAUGGGAGAUAGAACCCUGUGUGGCUCAAGUACCAGCCAACCUGCCUCAACCAGUUCAACCAAAAAAUAAAAGGCCCCGGCCUCCGAUUGAAAUUCCUGCUUUUGAUUUAUCUUCAACUGCAUCAACCCCUUGGAAUUCUGGAUUGGCACAAUCCUGUGAUUUAACUCAACCGAGUGUUACUGGUGAAGGCAAAAGAAAUGAAAAUCAUGUGAUGUGGCAUCAAAAGCAGACUGAUAUUAAUGGCCAUAGCAACUCAAUGACAAGGACUCAGGGUGAAGGGGGCUGGCUAUCUUCUCCUCAUGUGAAUGUUUCUCAGCAUCUGUUUCAGGAAGCCAUGGAGGAUAGCAAAAGUGUCUCCCCUUGGCCUGUAUUUGUAGGCUAUUCCACUCCCCUUUCAUCCAAGUCAAAAAAUGACCCUAUCCUUGACCCGUCUGAGGAGGGGAGGAAAUAUAAGGUGCCUACUAGUUAUCGAUUAUUUGGCUUUGAUCUUGUAAAUCAGUCUACAAACUCAUCUCCUAUUGAAAAAGUGUCUGCACAACCAAUCAGUGUAUCCAGUGCCGCCACUGAUGGACGUGUCCUAGCUGCCCUGCCUGCAGUUGAUUCAGACCGAAAACAUGAAGUAUCCAAGGAAAAGAAACCAGAACAGUUACAUAUAUCAUCAAAAGAAAUUCAGAGCAAGCAAAGUUCUACUUCCACUAGAAGUCGCACAAAGGUUCAACUGCAGGGGAUUGCUGUUGGUCGGGCCGUGGACUUGACCUUGAUUAAGGGAUAUGGUCAGCUUAUAGAUGAGCUGGAGCAGUUAUUUGACAUUAAGGGACAGCUGCACCCCCGGGAUAAGUGGGAAAUUGUUUAUACUGAUGAUGAAGGAGAUAUGAUGCUUGUCGGUGAUGAUCCAUGGCCUGAGUUCUGUAACAUGGUGAGAAGAAUCUUUAUUUGCUCAAGUCAGGAUGUGAAAAAAAUGAGUCCAGGAAGCAAGCUUCCCAUGUUACCCCUAGAAGGUGAAGGAACUGUAUUAAGCUCGGACUCAGCAGAAAACUGAACCAUUCGACUUCCCUUCCUUCAUUUUCUUUUUCCCUUUUACCUUUGUUGCUAUUGUUGUUGUUUGUUUGUUUGCGGUUAUAGUACUCUGUUUUAGUUUUUGGGCACUGGAGGAUGCUUUAAGUUGGAGACAAAGGAGGCACUGGCUAAUUAAUAGCUCGGUUUUUUAGAGCUAACUACCUAAGGAGACACAAAAAUAGACGUUGACUGGGUUCCAAUUAGUGAUGGAAGUUAAAACCAUAGGGCUAGAGUUUGUACAUUUUUUGGUAUUUUCAUGUAGGGCUGGGGAUUGGGGUACAUGUCUUGUAAAUAUUUUGCGCAUGGAAAUGUAAUAUUCGUCUUUACAGCGUGGAAAUU